GUUAGUUAGGCAAACCUUCAUUCCUAGAUGAUCAUUCGAUUGGUAAAUAGUUCAUUGCUUCCCACAUGCUUGAAAUCUUUCCGCCUUUGGUUACUGGUUAGGAUGGUGGUUUGAUUAACAACUUGAUAGGUUGUUAACAGGCAGGACAGGUGUUGCAAGCAUCAUUGCUCGGUUUGGUUCCGAGUGUUUCCGGCUAUCCUUGCUUUGCCUCUUGAGUGCGUUAGGUUAUGGCAGUGCCGCCCGCACAAAUCCGUAUUCCUUUUCAGCCUCUUUUGAGGCAGGUUGUAGAGUGCUUGCACUUUCCAAAGCCAAUGUACGAUAUGUUAGAUAUAGAUAAAAAUAAUGUUUGCGUGGCGGUGAGGCCGGGAACGAGUGCAAUUGCUUAUGUGUACAUUGGCGGAGAAGCUCCUACACUGGAGGAGUCUUGCGAGAGAGCUGCUGAGAAGGCUGUCCGUAGCCUUAUAAAAAAAUAUGAUGUUGUUGUUGAGGAUUUUACUUCUGCUAGCAAUAGGGCCCUUGAAAGAUGUGCGAGGUUGUAUCGUCUCAAGAGAGUUGAGUUAGAGGGUAUUGAAAGCGGACAUCCACAGGUCCUGCCUCCAGAACAUCAUUGUAUGGACAUUCGAGUUUCUGUGAAACACGUGCGUCUGGAUUAUAUAGGAGUAUUGCGCACCGUGGUUGCCCAGACUCAAGUCUUGCUUGCUCCUAUUGAGCAUCUCCAGUUUGGGCCUCACACUUGGGUUUGUUGGUUGACAUUCACAAGUCCGCACAAGAGUAAUGCUAUGGAGUCUGUUGUUGGGGAUUAUACAGAGACUCUUGAGGAUGCUAAGCAAAGUGUAGCAAAGAAGGCCAUCUAUUGCUUGAUGCGCCUCUAUGCUUUUGAACUUGUAGACGCGAACUAUGGGUCUGGGAAAUACGCUGCUGUUGUGUAUUCUCUUGAACAAGAAAGUUGCUCGACUGUGAGGGAGCGCAUGUCCGGGGUUAAAGAAACUAUUCAGCCUAGCGCCCUUGUGAUUGAGCAAGACUGCUUGACUCCCCGUGGUUGUCCAUUUCAGAUACCCUCUAUGAUUACUGCUCCUCUCCCCCCCAAAAAGCGCAUGUCCAGACCCUCUUUUGUCAGGCCAUCUGUUCCUGGUUCUACUUCUGCAACCCCGGUCUUCUUUGUUCCACCUGAACUUGACACUGUGUUCAAACGCCGGAAGACUGUUUAACCUACCGAAAUAGUUCAACCUUUGGGGUGUGAGCACACCGUGCUCUGUUUCGUGAAACUGCCUCCUCUUUUGAUGGGACAAGCCUAGAUGUAUUCCUAUAAUUUAGGUGGCUUGUAUAUGUAAUAUUAGGGGUGAUGGUUCUCUUUUGGUUCCCUCUUGCUGUAUCGCCAUACAGUUUCUCUUUUGUUAGCUGUCAAGCUUGUUAGGUAGUUCAAGUUGUAAUGGUGCUAUGUUUAGAAAUUCUGGUUCGUCGUAUAUGGCGAUCAUAUGUAUGCUUUUAAUAGCAGUCAACUUUGUAUUGAAUCCUUAUGUUUAAAUGAAAUUCAGUUUGUUUUGGAGCACUCUUCUUUGUAUCCUGCUUUACAGUGCUUUUCCCUUUCCUUGAUGUAUCGUGUCUCACUUCCCUGAUGCUGCCUCCUGCUCAUGUUUCUUGUUGUUAAUUGCAUUCUAAAUUUACCUAGGGUUGUUUGAUAUGUAAAUGUAAGUUGGUGGACACACCAGACUAACAUGUAUGUCUAUUCAGGUCUGUAGGUUGUGUUCACAGUUAUUGAAUGUUGGGUUUUGGUUGAGGAGAGGCUCUCACUUGUGUUGUUCGUUUUGUACACAGCGUGUUCUUUGUGCCUUUGUUUGUCGA